AUGUUGGAUGAGAACUUACCAACAUUCUUUCUCAAACCCGCCAAUAACAAGCCCAAAUUCAACUCCUCGUUUUUCUUUGUACAGCAUGGGGAAGAACCCACCCCAGCUUAUACUCUCCGACAUCUUGAUCCCUCAUUACCGGGAUCAAAAAAUCGAUAUGCUGUUGGUAUCUACGAUUCAUUUUCUCCCGAUGUGCUUUAUGCAGAGGUGCUGUUGAUUCCAAAAUGGACUCGCCCAACUCUGUCGCAAGAAACUAUACGCCAGAAUGAUGGCGUACCCCCUCCUCCAGAACCAAUACUUCCCCUUGAGUUCAUUAUUCAGCUAUACAACCCAGACCAACAGGUCCUCGUUCGGCACAAACCCAAGAGUUGGAAUUCUGUUGCUUCAUGGGAAUUUGAAGUGCCGCAGCAGACAUUUAGACAGCCCUCCGUAUCUACACUCGACCGGACGUUAAGUGAUCCUGCUGCAUCGGAUAUUACUCCAAAGUUAAAAUUUAUUUGGCGCAAAGAUGGAAAACUCUCUAAGGACCUUGGAUGUUAUAUGUCUGGUAAGAAACUGGAUGAUAAAAAGGGUAAAGAACCAGACAUCACUAUAGCCAUCCUACGCAGUUUUAAAGAGGUGACCCUAUAUGAGCCUAAUCUUUGCCGGGUGGAAAUCGAAGACUUCAAGGGCCUAGAAGUAAUCCUUCUUCUGGGCGCUGUAGUGAUCCGCGAUGUUUAUUUUGGCCAAAUAAGUGAAUGCUUCCACAUUUCUGAUCCACCCAACCCGGCGAUCCCUGUACUCUCCGCGCCACCAAACAAGCCACAAAGACCUCAAAUAUCUAUUCCGCAACGGGAAACCCGUCCACCCCCAGUUGACCCUCGUACUCAAUGGGAAAUAGAUGCAGAAACCGCCAGGCUAAAACGAGAAGCCGAAGCGGAAGCGAAAGAACGCCGCCGCCGUGAGAAAGAAGCGGAGAAGGAGACAAGAAGGCUUCUCGAAGCGGAACAACGGGAAGCAAGGCGACGGCAGGCCGCGAUCGACCAAGAAACAGAACGUCUCAAAAAGAUAUAUGCUAAGGAGGAUAUGGAGUACCGCAGACGGCACGCACAGAGUCUGCAUUUGCCAGGACCUAAUCCGCCACCUCGACCCGCAUCUAACAAUCAGCACGCACAUGCAAACCACCGCUAUUCAUCAUAUCACUCUGCUCCGUCUCACCCUCUCGUGCCUUCCCAGGUGGUGGCUCCCCGACCUGUCUCUUCCAUGGCAAACCCUCAGUCAUCUAAUUCUCCAUUAAGGGAGAGAAGGAGCAUAUUUGGACUCUUUAAGAAGGACGACGAUCGCUCCAACACCCUAUCUAAGAAGAAGAGUUCGGAGUUUUAA